GGUAAUUAAGAGUUGGACAAUAUCGGAUAUUGGCAAAAAAGCCAUUAUCGGACAUCUCUAUUCAUAACCCAACUAUUGGGUUGAAUUCAUUCAACACAAAAACUGAGUUAUGCUCACUGCUAUGUUGGGUUAUUCCAAACCCAACUAUUGGGUUGCGCAAUUUAGCGCUCCUUGACCCAAUAGUUGGUUAAAAAUUAUACACUUUACUGCUGGUUUGUUCCAGUCCUUCCCAACUAUUGAUCAAAAGUAUUUUAUUCCAUUAAAAAAUACUCAAAAGCAAGAUAUGAGUGACAUUUUUUUACAAGAAUUGCUGUGUAUGGUCAUAGUUGUCACGGCAUGGUCGCAUUUUACUGCGUAGAUCGUUCUCCCAGGAUGCCGACGGGACUCCGGAGGCAAGGUGCAGGUAAGGAAAUUAUUUAUUGUCCAUAAAUCAUGCGGGAUACAAACAAAUGAGUGUGCCGAUAGCACGGGAAGUUAACGGAAUAGCAAACAUGAAAAGCUUAGCAUGUAAACAGGCAAACAAAAAGGCGAAGCUUAGCUCAGGAAUCUUAUUAAUAGCCGUCGUAACUGUUGUGUGGAAGCAAAUAAGAAAGCCAGACUGAGUGUGGCGAUCAGCAGGGAAUAAGUAGCUCUCUGAUCCGUGCCCAGGAGCAGGUGAGCGUCCCGAACACUAAUCAGAGGCAGGUGAAAACAAUCUGCAGUCAUGGCAACUAAAACAUAAACCCAGGGGUUCUCAAAACAGGAACUGAGGGAGUCAAAAACUAAACAAACAUGAUGGAUCAUGACAUUAGUAGUUCUGCACAGCAUGCUGAAAUAUUUGCAAGUACAAAAAGCGUGGCGCGGUUGGGAGAAUGGCCGUCCAGCAGCCUGAGGGUUCCUGGUUCAAUCCCCACCUUCUACCAACCUUGUCACGUCCGUUGUGUUCUUGAGCAAGACACUUCACCCUUGCUCCUGAUGGGUCGUAGUUAGGACCUUGCAUGGCAGCUCCCGCCAUCAGUGUGUGAAUGUGUGAAUGUAGGAAUAGUGUCAAAGCACUUUGAGUACCUUGAAGGUAGAAAAGCGCUACACAAGUAUAACCCAGUUAUUGUAAAUAAUGUUAAUGAGAUUAAAACUUAAUAAAAUUCCCUUCAAGAAAAAAGUAAAUUUUUAAUUAAAAAAAACCCUUUUAAUCAAAAAUGCGUUACUCAUUGAAAAACAACCCAAAAAUGGUUCACAAUUUUGAAAACCCAGGAAUUUAGUUAAAAUAAUACCCUUAUACCCCCCUAAAUGGAUGGCUCUUUAUAAAAAUAGCUCCCAAAAUUUAACCCAACACUUGCAACUCAUAAAUUGGGUUAUCAAAAUAACGCAGCAUUUUUUAGUGUGUAUUGUUCAUUCUUCCUACAUUGUUGAUACAAAUGAUUGUUAGAGUGCAAUAAUUAUUGUUACCCGUGGUAACACCACCAUGAUACAACAUCCAUCCAUCCAUCCAUUUUCUACCGCUUGUCCCUUUUUGGGGUCGCGGCGGGUGCUGGAGCCUAUCUCAGCUGUGUAUUAUAAUCCUUGAACAAAUUAACAGUGAAGCUCAAUGUAUUAAUCACUGAAUGGAGAAUCGGGGGUGGGAUUAAAUAAAUGAUAUUAUCACUCCCUUUCAGGUAAAACUGGAUCAUCGUGCUUACAUACUGCAUUAUAUUAAUUCAUAUUAUUAUGUGUUGUCUACCUUGUACUUUUUUUUAUGUCAUUGCCUGAAAAAAGGGGAGUGCCAUCUCCGGGUUGGGGAGGAGACCCUGCCCCAAGUAGAGGAGUUCAAGUACCUCGGAGUCUUGUUCACGAGUGAGGGAAGAGUGGAUCGUGAGAUCGACAGGUUGAUCGGUGCGGCGUCUUCAGUAAUGCGGACGCUGUAUCGAUCCGUUGUGGUGAAGAAGGAGCUGAGCCGGGAGGCAAAGCUCUCAAUUUACCGGUCGAUCUACGUUCCCAUCCUCACCUAUGGUCAUGAGCUUUGGGUUAUGACCGAAAGGACAAGAUCACGGGUACAAGCGGCCGAAAUGAGUUUCCUCCGCCGGGUGGCGGGUCUCUCUCUUAGAGAUAGGGUGAAAAGCUCUGCCAACCGGGAGGAACUCAAAGUAAAGCCGCUGCUCCUCCACAUCGAGAGGAGCCAGAUGAGGUGGUUCGGGCAUCUGGUCAGGAUGCCACCCGAACGCCUCCCUAGGUAGGUGUUUAGGGCACGUCCGACCGGUAGGAGGCCACGGGGAAGACCCAGGACACGUUGGGAAGACUAUGUCUCCCGGCUGGCCUGGGAACACCUCGGGAUCCCCCGGGAAGAGCUGGACGUAGUGGCUGGGAAGAGGGAGGUCUGGGCUUCCCUGCUUAGACUGCAGCCCGCGCGACCCGACUUUGGAUAUGCGGAAGAAGAUGGAUGGAUGCCUGAAAAAAAAAGAACAAAUUACUGAAUGAAAUGAAAAAAUAGGAAAAAUGAAAAAUAAGUCCAAAAUGAACAAAUGAAUGAAUGAAAUGUAAAAAUAGGAACAAUUAAAACUAAGUCCUAAAUGAACAAAUGAAUGAAUGAAAUGUAAAAAUAGGAAAAAUAAGUCCAAAAUGAAUUAAAUGAAAAAAUGGGAAAAAUGACAAAUAAGUCCAAAAUGAACAAAUGAAUGAAUGAAAUGUAAAAAUAGGAAAAAUGGAAAAAUAAGUCCAAAAUGAAUUAAAUGAUAAAAUAGGAAAAAUUAACAAUAAGUCCAAUUUGAACAAUUGAAUAAAUUGAAUGAAAAAAUAGGGAAAAAUGAAAAAUAAGUCCAAAAUGAACAAAUGAAUGAAUGAAAUGUAAAAAUAGGAAAAAUUUAAAAUAAGUCAAAAAUGAACAAAUGAAUGAAUGAAAUGUAAAAAUGGGAAAAAUGAAAAAUAAGUCUAAAAUGAAUUAAAUGAAAAAAUAGGAAAAAUGAAAAAUAAGUCCAAAAUGAACACAUGAAUGAAUGAAAUGUAAAAAUAGGAAAAAUGAAAAAUAAGUCCAAAAUGAAUUAAAUGAAAGAAUAGGAAAAAUUAACAAUAAGUCCAAAAUGAACAAAUAAAAUAAUUAAAUGUAAAAAUAGGAAACAUGAAAAAUAAGUCCAAAAUGAACAAAUGAAUGAAUGAAAUGUAAAAAUAGGAAAAAUUUAAAAUAAGUCCAAAAUGAACAAAUGAAUGAAUGAAAUGUAAAAAUGGGAAAAAUUAAAAAUAAGUCCAAAAUUAACAAAUGAAUGAAUGUAAUGUAAAAAUACGAAAAAUGAAAAAUAAGUCCAAAAUGAAUUAAAUGAAAAAAUAGGAAAAAAUUAACAAUAAGUCCAAAAUGAACAAAUGAAUGAAUGAAAUGUAAAAAUAGGAAACAUGAAAAAUAAGUCCAAAAUGAACAAAUGAAUUAAUGAAAUGAAAAAAUAGGGAAAAUUACAAAUAAGUCCAGUCGCUAUAACCGCAUUUUUCCCCCCCAAACGCACUUUGUCGUCCUAAAAAAGAAGUGCAGAAUUACAGUGGCUGGGAGGGAGGGAGAGAGAGGGCGGGAGGGAGCGAGGGAGGGAGGCAGUGCAGGGAAAAAAGUUUCCCCUAAAAGUUGUCGCGGAGCUUGGCUGCAGCAGUGAGCGAGGCGGGGUUAGAGCCUGGACCGACACACAGCACCGAGCCUCGGCAGCCUUUGCAAUGCGGCACCGGAGCGAACCUCCAACCAAGUUGACUCGCCCGCGCUCCGACCGUCACCUGUAGACCUGUAGACCCAGCCAUGUACUCGCCUUACUGCUUGACACAGGAUGAAUUCCACCCCUUCAUCGAGGCCCUGCUGCCCCACGUCCGCGCCUUCGCCUACACCUGGUUCAACCUGCAGGCCCGCAAGCGCAAGUACUUCAAGAAGCACGAGAAACGCAUGUCCAAGGAGGAAGAGCGCGCGGUGAAGGACGAGCUGCUGGGAGAGAAGCCCGAGAUCAAACAGAAGUGGGCCUCGCGCCUGCUGGCCAAGCUCCGCAAGGACAUCCGGCCCGAGUUCCGCGAGGACUUUGUGCUCACCAUCACGGGGAAGAAGGCCCCCUGCUGCGUGCUGUCCAACCCCGACCAGAAGGGCAAGAUCCGCCGCAUCGACUGCCUGCGCCAGGCCGACAAGGUGUGGCGACUGGACCUGGUCAUGGUCAUCCUGUUCAAAGGCAGCCCCCUGGAGAGCACGGACGGGGAGCGCCUGGUCAAGUCACCGCAGUGCACCAAUCCGGGCCUGUGUGUCCAGCCGCACCACAUCGGAGUGUCCGUGAAGGAGCUGGACCUCUACCUGGCCUACUUCGUCCACACGCCAGAAUCUGGACAAUCAGACAGCUCCAGCCAGCAAGGAGACACAGACAUUAAACCACCACCCAAUGGACACCUGAGUUUCCAAGACUGCUUUGUCACCUCAGGGGUUUGGAAUGUGGCCGAGCUUGUCAGAGUUUCACAAACUCCUGUUGCCACGGCGUCAGGUCCAAAUUUCUCAUUGGCUGACCUGGACAGCAGUCCCAGCUACUACAACAUCAACCAAGUGGCCCUGGGGCGACGCUCCCUCACCUCCCCUCCCUCCACCAGGUCUGAGGUGGAACUGUACGCACACCUUCCACGGAGCUCUACCAAGAGGAAGUCGUUAGACGACAGUGAGCUGGAGAGCCCCACAGAUGAUGUUUUCUAUCCUGGACGCUCGCCUGCUGCCAGCUCAUCCCAAUCCAGCGCGUGGCCCAAUGACAUGGAUGCAGUGCAGCACCAUUUGGCCAGUGUGCAGGAGAGGAAGAUAAAACAUGAAAACGAUGGCGUGCAGUUUCCUUACCAUGGACUGUCCUCGCCUGGUUCACUUAAGAAGCCGGGGAAGUUUGAUUUCAACGCCCUGACUUCCCAGACGAGGUCCCCCCGCAUGGCGUUCACACACCACCCGCUGCCUGUGCUGGCAGGAGUGAGACCAGGGAGCCCCCGUGCCUCAGCCUCAGCCCUGCACUUCCCCUCCUCCUCAAUCAUCCAGCAGUCCAGCCCUUAUUUCACCCACCCCACCAUACGCUACCACCACCACCAGGACCCGCUUAAGGAGUUUGUGCAGUUCGUGUGCACCGACAGCACAGGACAGCCGAGUGCACAGCCUAAUGGAGGUGGCCAGAGCAAAAUGCCGGGCUCCUUUCUGCUGCCCCCGCCACCCCCAGUGGCACGCCCCGUGCCCCUCCCCAUGCCCGACUCUAAAACCAUCAGCACGCCCACCGACGGUGGACUCAGCUCACCCGCAUCUCCGUCAUACUCCACGCCAGGCUCCACAGCUCCCAACCGGUUUGUCGGCAUCGGAACACGGGACAACUUUCUGAAUAUCCCCCAGCAGACUCAGUCCUGGUUCCUCUGACAAGGUGUCGACCAAUCAACAGCUUAAAAGAUGACAAUUGGAAAGAAAAAAAAAUAUCAUCAUGUCACUGCUGAUCAAGAGCAGACUGCUGACACUAAAAUGUUCCCUCUCGCCAACACUAGUCAAAGUACGACGACAGAAAGCCCCGCCCCACACACACACACUUUACCCAAUUUGAACUGGAACGUCCGUGUGUGUGUGUGUGUGUGUGUGUGUGUGUGUGUGUGUCCCUGACCACCCCACCUCACCCUCCCUGGAAAGAAAGGAAACCUCACUUGCGAUGGAACUGUCAGACAAGGAAUGCCAAGAGGAAGAUGAGGAUCUGUCACACGCACACCAGGAAAUGUUGGACAGGAAAACAAACAUGGCAACCUGACAAUUGACCAAUUUUUACUUCUUUUUUUUUAAACCUUUUAUUACUUUAAAAUCAUUUUGUCUCCACCAUGAAACUCCAUGCAUUGGCCGAGACAUCCUAAAGCAAAACGCAAGGAAAAACGACACCCUAAUAGCGCACCUUUUAAAAAAACAAACAAACAAAAAAAACGAAAACAAGUCAGGUGACGUCUACAGUACCUGACAAUCCCCGCCCCUCACCUGCAACGCAGCCGCACACCUGUAUGUCGCCGCACCUCUCAUCGGCUCAGCCCUUAAGACUUAUUGAUUUCCGAUUGGCCAAUCAUGGUGGCGCCAUCAGAUGGUGUGACACGUAUGCACUAAGUGGCUGGUCGUUUGUUUACCUGUCCUAGUAUCAGGGCACUUUGCUGCGGGGAAGGAGAAGAAGUGUGAGUCAGUAGAAAGCGUUGAAAACACUAAAAAAAAAAAAAAGGCUGCAUGUGUACUUUCAUCCCCUCACCUAUGCACUAAUAAUUCUCAUUAGGGAUGAACACGAUUGCACAUAGAUAGCCACAAAAGCCAUGAGGGGCCGCUGGGGUCACUUUACAGGAGUGUGGCUGCGCUCGUGGUCAUUUAACACGCACACACACACACACACAACCAUCUUCCCUAAAAUUAGUCUGCCACUCAUGUUUUUAACCAUUCAGAAGUGGAGAUGGGCACAGUGAUGGAAUCAUUGCACUAUUCCAGCAUUAUUAUACUCAAUACAACAGCUGCAUUGAAACAGGAGUUCAGAAUAUUCAACCCCUUGAAAAUUCCUUAAAGAAAUGUACUCUAAUGCCCUUCUCUAUUCCGAAUGUUUGGCAGGAACACACACACACACAAUGCAUGAGCUUCAUAUUAUUAGCUUUCAUUUAGCGUGUAGAUUUGUUUUUCCUCUUUUAUUGACAGAUUUGUUUUGGGUUUUUUUUUUUGGUUUUGUUCCACUUGGAUUGUUUUUGCAUGUCAUAACAACCUUCCGCUGUAGUUUAGAAGGCACGCUUACUCGACAGUACAAAACUUCUCAAACCUCUCGCGGUAACGAGCUCAUCACACAGAGUUAAAGGAACACACACACACACUAGCACCUGACUUAUAAAGGGAAUCCUUUAUACUUUUUCCUCCCGAAUGCCUUUUUUUUUUUUUACAUUCACUUAAUUUGAUUUUGAUUUUACAUGUCAAUUUUCAUCGCGACACAAUCCAACGCCACACAAAAGAGCCGACCUCAAAAAAUAACUGGACUGCCUUAGUUGUGUUUUUAUUUGGCAGGGAUAGUAAAAGGCUAAAACGUAUAUCACAACUUUAACAAUAACAUGGAAGUGCCUCUGUAUUCCCUUCAUGCAAUUAGUAUCAAACUGCAGGUUAUUUUUCGCCCUGCGUCGAAGCUAACACUGUUAGCAUUCAGGAUUUCAAAAACCUUUCCACGCCUUAAAUAAUCAUAAAUGUGGAAAGACGCCAGAGCCUACCCCAGCUGGCUUUUGCCAACCUGGACUAAGCACUUACUGUACGAGGUGUGUCAGAAAAUAUAUAUAUAUUUCAAAUCCAUUCUAAAAAUGUUAAUUUUAAGGGAUUUUUCCAAGGUGAUGUCGUCCCCUUGAAGACCCCCUUUAAGUUUAGGAAAGAAAAAAAAAAAUAACACGGCCAUGUUCUUCAACUGUUGCCACAACUCUCGCCUCUUCUCACACGCUAAACCAGGGGUGUCCAAAUUUUUUUCCACUAAGGGCUGCAUACUUAGAAAUGAAAGAUACGCGGGCGAGGGGGGCACUUUAAUAUAUUUUGUACAUUAAAGAUGAAAAAAACCAAUUGAAUUAUUAUAUGCCAAGCCAGGUGUGACCAAGAAAAAUGAAAGAAUGUGGGGAAAAAAUGUACAUUGUGUACAUUAAAUGUGCUAAAACUAAUUGGUUAAUCAAAAUAUGCCAACUUAUCGGAAUCAAACAUCCACAUCUUUAUGUCAAAUGUAACAAAGCAAAUUAGUGAAAUAUCUAAUCAAAACCCUUUAAUGUAUUUAAUUUAUUGGUAUUAUUCUUUAGCAAUAGUAGUAUUAUUCCGCUUUACUAAAACAUUUUUGCGGGCUUUGGCACACUUUUUGGGAUAGUUUGGGCCUGUUCCUUUUAUUCUUUGUUUUGUGUUUUGGUUUUUAAUUAAUCGGUCCAACAAAAUAAUACACAACAGUACCAUAAUAAUAAUAAAGUUCCAGGGACAGCGUGGCGCAGUGGAAGAAUGGCCGUGCGCGACCCGAGGGUCCCUGGUUCAAUCCCCACCUAGUACCAACCUCGUCAUGUCCGUUGUGUCCUGAGCAAGACACUUCACCCUUGCUCCUGAUGGGUGCUGGUUAGCGCCUUGCAUGGCAGCUCCCUCCAUCAGUGUGUGAAUGUGUGUGUGAAUGGGUAAAUGUGGAAGUAGUGUCAAAGCGCUUUGAGUACCUUGAAGGUAGAAAAGCGCUAUAUAAGUACAACCCAUUUAUCAUUUAUUUCCAAAACCAAACCCAGCAACAUUCAGAAUAGCAAUCAACAGAGCAAUUGAAAAGACACACAAACAUGACACCAAACAAUCCAAAAGUAGUCAAACAAAAAAUUAAUAAUAUCAACAAGAGUAUCAAUAUUAAUAAGAAUUCGAACAUAGCAGUGAUUAGAAAUCCCUCACUUACAUUACCAUCACAGCCAUUUAUAAAACAUAAAAUGGAAACAUUAAAAGAAUUAACAAUAGUGUCACGGUGGCUUACACUUUCAUCGCAUCUCAUAAGCUAGACAAUAAUUUUUAUAUAUUUACGUAAAUUAGGGCUGUGAAUCUUUGGGCACCAUUCCAUUCGAUUCUUGAGGGUCACGGUUCGAUUCGGAAUCGAUGUUUGAUUCAAAAUCAAUACUUUUUCAACAACAUUGUGUGCCAGUUCGACGAUUAACUACAUCCCGCCAUAAAAUAGACAAACAGCUCUGAUAAAUUUCUAUAUUACCUACUUAAAAGAAAACUGGUUUUGUUUAAUAAAAUGCUACCCAAACAUUUGAUAAAGUCAAACACAAAUAAGGCAACAAGAGAAGUAUCCAACACUUAUUUUCUAAAGUAAAUCUGUACAGCACAUAUGGGCUUCUACAUCAACAAUAUGAUUUACCUGAGUGGCUGGACAUGACAGAUUUAAAGAAAAAAAAUUGAAAAAAAUAUAUUUAAUUGUUAUGACUCAAUUAAGAUUCGUUUUUGACACCCCUAAUUUAUAUAUGUAUAUCCGCUCUACCCCGGUAUUGAGCACUGUAUAACGGAUAAACCACAGAAACC